AUGAAUUCUGACGACGAGGACUUUAACGACAUUUACGGCGAGGAAUCAACCUCUGUCACAACAGUUGUGGACAACAAGGAUGAACAAAAGAAGGACAUCACCACGGAAAAGACGUCUACACCACCAAAGGAGUCCAAUAACAGCGCAACAUCUUCUCUGGACCAAUUAGCUGCACUACAGGCAUUAUCCUCUAAUUUAACCCAGGCGAGCGCAGCAAAUACCAAUACUAAUACCAGCGCAAGUACGAAUGCAAAUAAUAAUAAUUACGACACAAAUAGUGAUAAUCAGUCUAAUACAAAUAAUAGUACAGAUAACAGGAGUGGGACCGAUUCUACAGCUACUGAUAAGCCAAACGCACCUACUGGAAUGUCAUGGGAACAGCUGCAACAGACGAUGUCACAAUUUCAGCCACAAGCUACCAACGCCGCUCCACGGCAAUCUGUAGGUCCCGUGAAGGCAGACUUGUCCAGAGAUAUCUGCAAGAUGUUUAUUGGUGGUUUGAACUGGGAGACAACUGAAGAUACUUUGAGGGACUAUUUCAGUAAAUAUGGUAAAGUGAUCGAUCUGAAGAUCAUGAAAGAUACCAACACAGGCAGAUCGAGAGGUUUCGGUUUUUUGACGUUUGAAGAACCCAGCAGCGUUGAUGAAGUGGUUAAGACCCAACAUAUUCUCGAUGGCAAGGUUAUCGAUCCAAAGAGGGCAAUUCCCAGAGAAGAACAGGACAAAACUGGUAAGAUUUUUGUUGGUGGUAUUGGUGCAGAUGUGAGGCCUAAAGAAUUCGAAGAGUUUUUCGCUCAGUGGGGUACCAUUAUUGAUGCCCAACUGAUGUUGGAUAAGGAUACCGGUAGAUCAAGAGGUUUUGGUUUUGUCACAUAUGAUUCUCCUGAUGCAGUUGAUCGAGUUUGCCAGAAUAAAUUUAUCGACUUCAAGGGCAAGAAGAUCGAAAUCAAAAGAGCCGAACCAAGACACAUGCAAAAGCAGCAGCAAGCUGGCGACGUUGGAGGUGUACAAGGUUUUGCAGGCAUGGCUAAUCCGAUGGCGCAAAUGUACCAAAACCCUAUGAUGGCUGGCUUCAAUCCAAUGUUCAAUCCUCAGGCUAUGGCAGAAUAUUAUCAAAAAAUGCAGGAAUAUUAUCAACAGAUGCAGCAACAGACCGGCAUGGAUUAUACUCAGAUGUUCCAACAACAGAUGCAGCAAAUGUCAAUGAUGAUGCCAGGUUUCAGCAUGCGCGGUAUGGGCACUCCUGGAGCUCCUUCGGAUUCUGGUACACCAAACCAGGGAGACGACGGGGCUUCAAGUGGUAACGCAGCUUCAAGUGUCCAAACAGUAGGUGGUGAGACCUCAGAAGCUAAAGCCAGCUCCAAUGAGAGCAGCGAUAGCGGUGAGAAUAAGCUACAGAUCAACUUGCCAAGAGGUCCAAGAGGUCCACCAUCAUCGUCCGCCGAUCAAAGCUCACACUCUUACGGACGUGAGCGUCGUGAACGCGGCGACCGUGGAGAUCGUGGAGAGCGGGGGGACCGUAGGGAUCGUGGAGAGCGUGGUGAACGCGGUGAACGUGGGGAACGUGGAGAGCGUGGAGAGCGUGGAGAGCGUGGAGAGCGUGGAGAGCGUGGCGAUCGCGACUAUCACUAUCGUAAUGGAAACCGCAGUGGUUACAGAGGAGGAAGUGGCAGUGGCUACCGCGGCCGUGGUGGAUACAGCAGACGUAACAACGGUUAUCACCCAUACAACAGAUGA